AAAUCGACACGAGCCGCCAUAUUUGCGGAAAAUUCAUUACAAAGACAAGAUAUGACCGAAAGAAAACACUAACUUACGUUAAAGUUUCCAUUCUGGAAACGGCCAACUGUUGGCCACUAAGAGAUGAAUGCCUCUCUCAAAUGCAAAUAAGCGUGUUCUGCAUGAACAGCAACGUAAAGAGGACGGAAAGGUUUCUAAAAAGAGGCGACUGAGCGACGCAGAUUCUCAACAAAAUAAAAAAUCUAAACCUAACCCAGAGGACGUUAUGACAGACUCUCAGAAACGUGCUAAUUUCUCAGCUAUUCCAAGCCCUGGGAGUAAUGGGGUUCACAGGCAUGCAGCUCCCCUUGGAACUAGCAAACCAGGGACAACAAAGAAACUAGUUAUCAAAAAUUUUAAAGAGAAGCCAAAAUUACCAGAGAACUAUCAGCAGGAAGCAUGGGGCAAGCUACGGGAAGCAGUGGAAGCUAUUCACACGAGGAGAGCAAUACGCUCAAGUCUCGAAGAACUGUAUCAGGCUGUGGAAAAUAUGUGCUCAUACAAGAUGUCAUCAAUGUUAUACGAACAGUUGAAACAAGUCUGUGAAUCACAUGUGAAGUGCAACAUCUCAAAGUUCUUGGAAGAAAACGUAGGUUAUGAGGAGUUCCUGAAGAAAAUAGAUAAUUGUUGGCAAGCCCAUUGUCAACAGAUGAUAAUGAUCAGAAGUAUAUUCCUUUUCCUAGAUAGAACAUAUGUUUUGCAGAAUUCUGCAAUAUUGUCUAUAUGGGAUAUGGGCCUAGACUUGUUUCGCACACACAUCGUAGGACACCGAAUUGUGCAGAAUCGAACAGUAGAAGGGCUGUUACAGUUGAUUGAGCGCGAGAGAACUGGUGAGGCAGUUGAUAGGGGCCGUCUCAAAAGUCUUCUGCGUAUGCUGUCUGAUCUUCAGAUCUAUGUGGACGCAUUUGAGAAGCGCUUCCUGGAGGCAACAGAUGACCUUUACCGGGCAGAGGGGCAGCGACUUAUGGAGGAGAGAGAUGUGCCUGAAUACCUCCAUCAUGUGGAAAAGAGACUGGAAGAGGAGAAUGAGCGCCUGCUGCAUUACCUAGACCAGUCUACAAAGAAACCUGUGAUAUCAUUGGUGGAGAAGCAGCUGUUGGAACAGCACAUUUCACAGAUGCUUCAGAAAGGAUUAAACCAGUUGCUAUCAGAAAACCGGAUCUCUGACUUAACACGAAUAUUUAACCUGUUGUCUCGUGUAAAAAACGGCCAGAAAGAAUUAUGUGCUGCUACUGCACUAUAUAUCAAAAACACUGGUCGUAUGAUAGUUCUGAACACCAACAAUGAUCCCGACAAGGAUAGAGACAUGGUCCAGACAAUGCUGGAUUUCAAAGACAAGAUAGACAAUGUAAUUAGCACAUGUUUUGCAAAGCAUGAACAGUUUAUGAAUGCCAUGAGGGAGAGUUUUGAGAGCUUCAUUAACGCCAGACAAAACAAACCUGCAGAGUACAUAGCAAAAUAUGUGGACAACAAGCUGCGAGCGGGAAACAAGGAGGCAACAGAAGAAGAGUUGGAGAGACUGUUGGACAAAAUCAUGGUCCUGUUCAGGUUCAUACAUGGUAAAGAUGUGUUUGAGGCGUUUUACAAGAAGGAUCUUGCCAAGCGAUUGUUGGUGGGCAAGUCAGCCUCAGUGGAUGCAGAAAAGUCCAUGCUCUCUAAACUUAAACAAGAAUGUGGCAGUGCUUUCACAGUGAAGCUGGAAGGAAUGUUCAAAGACAUGGAGCUGUCCAAAGAUAUCAUGCUGGCUUUCAAACAGUCAAUCCAAGCAGAGAAGACUCCCACAGGUCUUGAACUGACUGUGAACAUUUUGACGAUGGGCCACUGGCCAACAUAUACACCCAUGGAGGUCCAUCUGCCACCGGAGAUGGUGAAACUGCAGGAGGUGUUUAAGAAGUUUUACCUUGGCAAGCACAGUGGCCGUAAACUGCAAUGGCAGCCAACUCUCGGGCAUUGUGUACUGAAGGCUGGCUUCACAGGGGGUAAGAAAGAGCUGCAGGUGUCCCUAUUCCAGACCCUGUGUCUGCUGCUCUUCAACGAGGGAGAUUUGUUUUCCCUGGAAGAGAUCAAACAAGCCACUGCCAUAGAGGACAGUGAAUUACGGAGAACUCUGCAGUCACUUGCCUGUGGGAAGGCCAAGGUUCUUCUGAAGGCUCCUAAGGGAAAGGAUGUAGAAGAUGGUGACAAGUUCAAGUUCAACGAUGACUUCAAGCACAAGCUGUACCGUAUCAAGAUCAAUCAGAUCCAGAUGAAAGAAACGCAAGAGGAAAACGUGAGCACCACGGAGCGUGUGUUCCAAGAUCGGCAGUACCAGGUGGAUGCGGCCAUUGUACGCAUCAUGAAGACGCGGAAAGCACUCACACACAAUCUUCUUAUCUCCGAGCUCUAUAACCAGCUCAAAUUUCCCGUCAAACCUGCAGACCUGAAGAAGCGAAUUGAGAGCCUUAUAGAUCGGGAUUACAUGGAGCGCGACAAGGAUAAUCCGAACUCCUACAACUACGUCGCAUAGUUUUCCCCUUCUGAGGAUAAUUUAAACUACAGCUUUGUUGACUUAGGAUAAUCCAACCUCCUACAAGUUUGUUGUCUAAAGAUCAUUCAAACUCUUACAAUUAUGUGACAUAGUUUUCCCCUGAGGAAAAUACAAACUCCUACCCUUUUGUCGCAUACAUCACCUAGUAUUCUUCCUGCUAAGGAUAAUCCUAGUAACAACUAUCGCCUAGUUUUCUCCCUUUUAGGAUAAUCCAUACUUGUACAAGUACAUCGCCUAGUUUUUUUUUACCUCUAAGGAUGAUCCAAAUGUCUACAACUACCUCGCCUACUCUUCUGCCCUAAUGAUAAUCAGAACUAAAGCUAUGUCACAUUACGUUUUCCUACUACUACAUUUGAUCCACAGUAUAAUUCCUACUUCUAACAAAUAUGUUGCCAUCUUUUCUAUAUUAAAUGGUAGUUAUAAAUUAAUGCAUUGACUUCUGUACUUACUUAAGCCUCAAUUAAUUGAAACACCUCCACUUUCCAGGGUUGUCUGGAAAUCUUUAUAUAUAAUAUCUUUAGUGGCACAACGAGUUACAGACUUAUUUAAUAUAUCCACGCUCAGCUAUAUAUUUUUAUGCAUUGAAAACAAAACCUUGAAGUAAGCAAUUAUAGUAAAAAGUAUGGUUGAUAAAGACAUGCGUUCUCUUUGUCUUAAACAAACAAACAUCUACCCACUGAUAAAGGGCUAGAUUGGGCCUCUUUAAACGAUCUUUCUUGUAGAAUGAGGGCUUUGAAUUUGUUUACAUUUAGUUUAUAUGCCAUGCUGACUAUCACGGGAAGUUGGUUUGUAUUAGACUAACACUAUGAAAGACUUCAUCAAGUGUUUGAAAAUUGUUUAUAACUUUCUGAGAUAUUUCUGCAUAUUUGUUGUAUAUGAAUAUUCAUUGUUCUUUUCAUUAUGUUAUAUUAUGCCAACUUAAACCCAUUAUCUUCUUUUUCUCAGUUAUAGUUUAUUUGUGAAACCGUAUUGAAAUAACUAAUUUGAUCCAGUUUCAUUAUUCGGUAUUCUUUACAAUAUAUUUAUUCUUAAUUUUCCACUGAUAGAAGUUGAGAAAGUAAAAGUAAAAUGUGCAGAACUAAUAAGAACCCAAAACAGUAAACAGUAAACAGUGACAGUUGAUUUGUGUAAUGGUUUAUAAAAUAGCUGUGUAUUUUUUUUAUAAAAUAGCUGUGUUUUGUCUCAGUUUCAUUUACGAUAGAAAUGCCUGUCAAUUAUUCAAAUGAAAGAUAACUUCUUUGCCUCAGUUCUGUAUUCAAUACAAGAAUAAAUGCCUGUUAAUUUGUUGAACUGGAUAAAAAAUAAUAGUAAUUUGGCUCGAUACUUAUAUGGUAAUUCUGAAAAACAGAAUGCCUGUUAAUUUGUGGAACCGAAUGAAAAAUAACUGUCAUUUGUUUCAGUUUCAUAUUUCUUUAUUAAAAAUGAUUUGUUUCAGUUUCAUAUUAGUUUCCAGAACAAGUGAAAUGCCAGCUUAACUUACUUUAAAGGCUGAAACUGACAUGUUUAUCUUGUUAAUAUUUAGAUUGAAAUACAUUUACCGUAGUUGUGCUAAGGACAGUUAAGGGUAUUAAAUGUUUUAAAACGUGAUAUCUAAUUAAUUACACAGUGCUAUAAGUCUAUUAUUUACAUAAUUUUUUCGAAGUUCAUUUUCAUAUCUUCCAACGUUCAUGAUAAUAAUUCUAUAUAAUAUAUCAAAGAUUGUUAAUGAUUUGUUUUGUGUAAUUCAGUUCUGUAUGCUUUAAAUGUAGAUUUGAAUUUAAUUCACAUAUCUUGCAUUCAGUUAACAGAUUUGAACGAUUCCAAGAUUUUAUUUUGCCUUUCACUCUGUAAAUAUGCUUUUGUUUAAAUUUUGAAACGAAUAUUUUUAGGCUGCCUAAUACUGCACUUGAUCUAUGAAAUAGAGUAAAUGUGUAUUAAAAACCUACACGUUUUUUAAAAGAAUAACUGCAGAAAAAGGUACUGUCUAAAAUGAUGUUAUAGUAGAAGCAUGUUAAAGAUUGGUAUCACAGUUAGGCCUAAAAAUACAUUUGGUUCGGGUUACCCGACCCUACCUACGAAAAAGGCACCGACCCUACCGUUUUUAUAGUCAGUUGGUAAAAAAAUGAAACAAAUAAAAUGUUUUUUUUUUGUUUUUUUUUGUAAGUGUGAUCUCAUGUGUAGUUUAAAACAUUGAACGCUUUAUACAGAAGAUUACUUUAACACCAUCCUCCAAUGAUGAAAAUAACGUUCUUAUAUAAAGCCUAAUAAAAAAGCCUACCUACCCUGCCUUCUGGGGAAAAGGAUGUAACCCUAACCAAACCAGUUUUUUUGCCUUACUUUUAUCGGCUUGUAUAUAACAUAAGCAAACCUCAUAACAAUACUUAGGCAGAUGUUUAAUAUCCAAGGGUAUGCUUGGCGGUUUGAUAUACUUAGAAAAAAAGGCUUUAAUGUUUGAAAGAGUCACGACUAAAAUGAUAUUGUUUUGUAUUGAUGGAUGCUUUAUGCUCAGUCUUUUAAAUAAAUGUUGAAAAUAAUUGAAGGAUUUUUAUAGUUGCUUUGAAACUUAGUAGAAAUAAUUUACGAUUGGACAAAAAUAAUUAUUUCAGUUAUAGAUGUGUUUGGUAAUGUUGAAAUGUGCUUUCAAGCUGUAUUUUGCAAUGUGUUUGACAAUUUCUGCAUAUAUGUACUUGUAUAUUUGCACAUGAUUUGUUACAUGUACAUAGUGUACAUACCGUAUUUUCUUUCAAUUGUCCAAAAUUGAAUUUUGGUUUCAUAUAUUAAAGAUAGUGACGAAGGUGUA